GGAUUUUUGCACGAUCUUGCAGGAAUUUGGCUGGUGCAGAUUCCCCGAGCUUGCAAUGCAAAGGUUGCAAGGAGCGGGUUUUCCUCUUCCUGAACCUGACAUGGUCUCCCGACGUGACCAGGGGGAAGAUCCAUGGAUUCUGGAUCUUCCAGAUGAGAAAGAGAAGGAAAUCCCACUGGACAGCGAAUUAGAGACUCCCGAUGUGAUAAUAAAGGUGGAACAAGAAGAUGAGCUGUGGCUGCCAGUAAAAUCGGAACAGGAAGAGCGGCCCUUGAACCAGCCUCUCCAGGAAAGAGAAACCUACCCAGGUGCCCCCUCAGGCUUUCCGACUGUGAUAAUAAAGAAGGAAGAAGAUGAAGACCUGUGGGUACUGUAUCGCCAGGGCUCUGAGGAAAAUGAAGCUUUCCCGCCUGCCCACUCAGCAGACGAGGGGCACAUUAGAAGCUACGUGGCCGAGAAAGAGAAUAAAUGCUCAGACUGUGGGAAAAGCUUCACUCAGAGGUCUAGCCUUGUCCGACAUGAGAAAACACAUACGGGAGAGAAGCCGUAUCAGUGCAGCGAGUGCGGGAGGCGUUUUAGCCAGAGGUCUAUCCUGACCAGACACGAGAGGACCCAUACGGGAGAGAAACCCUACAAAUGCCUGGAAUGUGGGAAAAGCUUCCGCCACAAAUCAGCGCUUCUCAGGCAUGAGAAGAUGGAAGCAGGUGAGAGGCCCUAUGAAUGCUCCCACUGUGGGAAGGGCUUCAUUCAAAGGUCAAACUUCCUCAUCCACGAGAGAAUCCAUACGGGCGAGAAACCGUACCUGUGCUCGGACUGUGGGAAAAGCUUUGUGCAACGGUGGCACCUUCUCAUCCAUGAGAUGACGCACAAGCAAGAGGAGCCCCACGCAUGCUCAAAGUGUGGGAAGAGGUUCAAUCACAGCCUGAGCCUUCUCAUUCACGAAAGGAGCCACAUGGGAGAGAAAGUGUAUCAGUGCUCAGACUGUGGGAAAAGCUUCACUCAGAGGUCUAGCCUUGUCCGACACGAGAAAACACACACGGGAGAAAAGCCGUAUAAGUGCUCCGAAUGUGGGAGGAGCUUCAGUCAGAGGUCUAUCCUGACCAGACACGAGAGGACCCAUACGGGAGAGAAACCCUACAAAUGCUCCGAGUGUGGAAAAAGUUUCCGCCACAAGUCAGCUCUUCUCAGGCACAAGAAGAUGGAAGCAGGGGAGAGACCUUAUAAAUGCUCACAGUGUGGAAAGGGCUUCAUUCAAAGGUCAAACUUCCUCAUUCAUGAGAGAAUCCAUACGGGCGAGAAGCCCUAUCAGUGCUCCGACUGUGGGAAACGCUUCGUUCAACGGUCGCACCUUCUCGUCCACGAGAUGACGCACAAGCAAGAGGAGUCCUAUCAGUGCCCGAAGUGCGAGAAAAGGUUCAAUCACAGCUUAAGCCUGGUUAUCCAUGAAAGGAGCCACACGGGAGAGAAACCCUAUCAGUGCUCCACCUGUGGGAAAAGCUUCGUUGACAAAUCGAGCCUCCUCAGACACGAGAGGGCACAUCGAGGAGAGAAGCUGUAUACCUGCUCCAAUUGUGGGAAAAGCUUCAGCUAUAGGUCGGCGCUCAUCAGGCACAAGAAAACCCAAGCAGGAGGGAAGCCAUAUUGGUUCUCGGCUUGUGGGAAAAGCAUCAUUCAAAAAUUAAAGCUCCUGGCGCACGAGAGGCCCCGUAACGGAAGCAACCUGUACAAAUGCUCUUACUGCGGAAGAGGCUUCAGCCUGAGGUACAAGCUUCUCAUACACGAGCGAGCCCACACGAAAAAGAAACCGUACAAAUGUUCAGAGUGCGGGAAAAGCUUCAGCCAGAGAUCCAAUUUUGUUGUGCAUGAGAGGACCCACACAGGGGAAAAGCCCCAUCAGUGCUCUGACUGCGGGAGGGCCUUCAACGACUGGCGCAACCUUCUGAAGCACAAGAAGACCCACACAGGAGAAAAGCCCUAUUGCUGCGGAGACUGCGGGAAAAGCUUCACAAACAAGUCAACUCUCGUCGUGCACAAGAGGACCCACACGGGAGAGAAGCCGUACAAGUGCGCCGACUGCGGGAAAGGGUUCACCAGCAAAUCGAGCCUGCUCAAGCACGAGCGGACCCACACGGGGGAGAAGCCGCACGUGUGCUCGGCGUGCGGGAAAAGCUUCAUCCAGAAAUCGAACCUCCUCAGGCAUGAGAGGACUCACAAAGGAGAGAGCACGCCUCCGUUCCCAGAUUGUGGGGAGACUUCCCGGUGUAACCCAACCUGGAUGAGGUGUGCAGGGGUCCACACGGGGGAGAAACCACACAAAUGCACCGAGUGUGGGAAGGGCUUCAACGAGAGACGCAACCUGGUUGUGCACGAGCGAACCCACACAGGAGAGAGACCCUACAAAUGCGCCCACUGUGGGAAAACGUUCACCAACAAAACGACCCUCGUGGUCCACAAGAGGACUCACACGGGAGAGAAGCCGUACAACUGCUCGUCGUGCGGAAAAAGCUUUCCUUACAAGUCGAGCCUAAUCAAACAUGAGAGAACCCACACGGGGGAGAAGCCGUACACAUGCGCCAGUUGCGGGAAAGGCUUCAACCAGAGUGCCAAUUUGCUUGCGCACGAGAGAACUCACACGGGAGAGAAGCCGUUUCAGUGCUCUGACUGUGGGAAAAGUUUCAGCGACAGAUCCAACCUCAUUCGACACCAGAAAAGUCACACAGGAGAGCAGCUCUAGAAAGGCUCAUUCUUUUGAUAGGAUGAGGAAACCCCCUGAGACAGACUGUUCUUAGGAGACAUCCUAAGAAAUGUACAAA